CAGCACGGCACAAGGCCGCACAAAUGCUGGUUGCGAUGUACUCCUUCCCGCAGAGCCGCCUAGUGAGCUCGCUUACGACGGAGAAUUUACCUUGAUCCUGCACAGGAGAGAUGAUAUAUCCCACUUCGGCUGUGUGGUUGAAUAUGAGUGGCAAUACAACUUGGCUGUCAUGAGCCCCUGCCUUGUUUGCUCGGCACUUGGGGCCACAUGUGGUGCCAGGAGGGAGAAGUCCAUAUCCGGACUCUCGUGGGCGAAGUCUGGUUUUGCGCUUGACACCGAACUGACAUUGGCCAUGAGCAACACACUGCACGUGGAGAGGUGCUGAUUCAGACCCUACUCUUCUUGACAGGACGAAAACCCAGGCUGUGCCUGAACAGCAGCGUCAAGAGGGUAUCCGCUACAUCUCCCGGCAGCGCACUCUAUUCCGACGCCUGGUCCCAGAGAUCUUGAUUGAUCCCCACGCCCGCCAUGACUGACCCAGCCGGCGACGGGGUCCUGCUUCUCCGCGUUACCAUAGCAAUGCUGACGCUUAGUUGGGUCGUGCUGCUCUCGCGUUUGGGUGUUCGAAGAUGGCUGAAGCCCGAAGCAAUGGGUACGGACGACCACCUGAUGUUCGUUGGCUUGAUCUUGUACACGGUAACUUGCGCCAUGGUAAUUACUUGUUGCUUCUACGGCGCUGGGCAGCGUGCAAAGUAUCUUGAGCCUGCCGAUAUUAUGCAAGGAACCAAGCUUUUCUUUGUGGCCCAACUCACCUAUUCCUCAUGCACGGUGCCCAUCAAGUCUAGCAUCUGCGUAACUCUCCUCCGCGUGGCAGACGCUCGACGUAGAUUCGUCUGGACUAUAUACAUGAUCAUCGGCGCGACCUUCGUCUCAGCGGUCGUGUUCAUCAUCGUCGUCGCCAACGUCUGUCACCCAAUUACAGCACUAUGGGGUGAGACGGACGGAGUUUGCAACCCUGUGCUGAACAGCAGCAUCGGCUUCUUCUUUUCGGCGGUUUCCAUCGUCACCGAUUUGACCCUGGCGAUCCUGCCCGCGAUCCUCUUGAUACCUCUCCAAAUGAGAUUGCGUGUGAAAAUCUCCGUCGUCUUGCUGCUUGGUCUGGCUGCUUUUGCGAGCUGCGCGACUAUCAUCCGUCUACGAUACCUCACACUAUACAACGAUCAAGCCGAGUUCAUGUUCAGCACCGGCCAAAUAGGCCUCUGGUCCGUAGUCGAAGAAGGAAUCGGCAUCUGCGCCGGCUCGUUGCCCACCCUCCGACCUCUGCUCAGCCUGUCCGUCUUUGGUGGCAGUACCAACGCGAGUAAAUACCCAAGUCGCGGCACGGCCCCUCUGUCAGCAUCGAAUCAUCUGGACCAGGCAGAGCAGGGAGAUGCGGUCAAGUUGGACACGAUGCGGUCGUCGCGGACCAGCAAGAACAGACCACGCGCCUCCACGGACGACGAUAGUGUGAAACACAUACUCAAGGAGACCCGUGUUACCGUGACGGCCGAGACGUACAACGCGAAUGACGACCCAUGGCCGAGGCAGCAGGUUCUAGGAUGGGAUGCACAUGUCGGUCGAUGAGGCCGUCAGCAGCAUCUCAUUGAUAUACGGCAUCUCACGGUUUUUUGCAGCGAAUUAAUGCAUGAUGGAACCUGCAAAUAUACGGCGCAAGUUGCCAUCCGUAUUGUAUAAAACGAAUAUACCACCCUGACACUGCCUUCGAGUAUCCCAUGAAAGACGAGACUCAAACAAGCGUUCUAAAUUGCAGAAGCUGCACCUGUUGCUUAUGAGCUCGUACCGAUCGUGCCUAGCGCGCGUAUUAUUAACAGUGAUCCUAUUUAUGGUCAGUUUGGCCUCAUAGUAUGAACGAAGUACUCGUGCAUGCGAAGCCGAACCACGGACCUACCUAGGUAAGUACCUAGGUACCCUACAAUACAGGUUGUGGCUUCCAUCAGAAAAUUCAUAGGGAGCGCUAUCUCAUGUCAAGAUGGGGAAAAGGUUGGUUGACGACAGCGACAAUCAUAGUGUAAGCUUUUGUUAUCAUAGUUUUGUCCUCUGACUGCUGAAUCUAGCGAUGAGACCAUCGAGGACCGGAUUCGUCGCACUGCGACGUAGCAUCAUCACCGAGGCAGGUCUGCAGCUAUGAGCAAAGUGUUUGACGUGGAAGGGCGGAUGUUGGGCGUUCCAAGGGUCGGGGACUACGUGCUGCCGGUACAAGCAUUGUUCCAGUUCCGUCAGGCGGGCAUCCUCAAGCUUCUCUCUGCCAUGGCUGACCAACUAGCCGAUUCGAUGGCAAAAUAUGCCUAGAAUAGUAUGACAAGCUAUUU